AUGCUCAAUUUUUUCUCCUUGUGGCAUUUAGAGCUGAUGCUGUUCCGACCCAACGAUUUCCUCGCCCUAAGACGAGACGUGUGGUAUCUGGACGACGAAGCCUAUGCACAGUCCUUCCAGACACAGCACAAUGUCCCGCCUCCGAGGCCUGAAGAAGACCAACGCGCCUCAAGCCUUGUCCCAAUGGGAACCCUCGGAUACAGUGGUUCAACGUUCUUCAAGACUUCGGAUGGCAAAUUCCUCAUCAAGUCAUUGGAUCGACAUUUUGAACACCAGUUUUUCAUGCAUGAACUACUUACACCGUACAUAAUCCAUAUGUGGGAAAAUCCUGGCAGUCUUCUUGUGCGAAUCACCGACCUCCUCUAUGUUCCAUAUCCUACCUUGGGCGGGUUGCUGGGCAUAGAACCGACGCACCACGUCGUAAUGGAACAUCUCCUCUAUGGCAUCGAGACGGACGGUGAUGCUGCUCGCUAUGAGACCUAUGAUCUGAAACCGGACGAUUAUUUUUUUCCCGAACGUGACAUUGCGAAUGGAAAGCUCGCACCGCAAAGCAUCAAGAACAGGCUGGUGGACCAGUUUCCAGACCGAAUUCACGUGUCGCAACAGGCGACGGAGGAACUGUUGGCUUUAUUGAACACGGACACGGAAUUCCUCGCCGACUCAAAUGUCGUGGAUUAUUCGUUAUUCCUUGUGCGUUACGCGAGAAGCGGAGAAUCGCGCUUUGACGCUUCCGAUCCCUUUUCUCCCGAAACUUCAACGGCGGACAGACGAGCAAAUUCUUGGAGAAUGGGUGUUGUCUCUGCUGAUGGGCAAUGGGUUUAUCGCGCUGUUUUGCUGGACUUCUUCUGGGCUCGACACAAACUCCGUGCUAAAGCCAUGGCUGGUCUUGUUGCAACUUUCAAUACAUGGGCUGGACAUGGCCCCAUGACAAUUACUACAGAACCUUUCGAGUAUCGGAGGCGAUUCAUGAGGAUGGUCCAGAAGCUGGUUGGCGAGAAUGGAGUCGAAGAGGAACACGAUGCUGAAAGGAGCGCGGAUUGCUGA